UUUAAAAAAAUUUAGUAAACUUUUACCAAAAAAAUAUAUUUCUCAGAGCACUAAAACUAAUUCCCUUCAAACUCAUUUCAUCCAACUCAUAUCCCCCAUCUCCAAAAGCCUCAGCCCAUUAAAUUCCAUUUUAAACCCCUCCAAACCCCCAAAACCCACCUCUUUUCCUUCUUCCCCACACCUUUCUCCCAAAAUCCCAACCCCACAGCUCUCCAUCACCCCUCCAGUCCCUCUCCCCCUACCCCCUAUAAAUCCCUUGAAUCCUCUCCUUCCCAAUCCUUCUCUAACUCCCACUAUAAAUCCAGACCUGUUCAAAUUCCUUAGUACUAAAAAUACCAAUUACAGUACCUAAGGUUCUAAAUAUAGAGUUUUUUAAGGAACUUAUUCUGUGUGGGUGGAGAAUAUGUGUGUUUAGGUAUUAAUUUAGUAGAAGGUUUGGGGAAAUUGGGGGUUGAGCGAGGUACUUGGGAGCGGGGGUUUUGGGGUUGGUUGGGUGGAGAGUUUGGUUGAGCUUGUUGGUUAGUUGUUUUGUGGGGUUUAGUGGUGGAAGGCUUUGGAAGUGGUGUUGGUUGUGAAUUUUAGGGAUGGUUUGAUGUAAUGAAUGGCGGAUUAAACUUAUUUUUAGAGCUGAAUGGAAAUAGUUACUUUAAAUCUUUGUAUGUUCGCUCUGGUUCAUAGCUACAGAAUGGGUGUGUAGAGGAGCUUAAGUCUCUUACAGUCAAGCAUAGCCAUGAUGUGAGUAACCAACUUCAUAGGGAUAGCUUAUUUUAGGGUUUUAAACACUUGCUUGGGAUGAGGGGAUUUGUAGUUGCAGCAAGAACUUCUGGGAUGGCAGUCAAGGCUUUGAAGCGGUUGUUUCUUUGGGAACUUUCUAGAAAAUUUUAGUUUAAAUUAAUUUUUGAGAACUAUAAAUGUCAAGAGGGAAGCUUUUUCUUGGAUAGUAUUAGGUGUUAGAUAGUAUUAUUUGGUGUGCUGUUGUGGUGAACAGUUAUUAAUUUAUAUAUCAGGAUGUUUUUCUCCCUCUUCAACUCCAUUAAGACAAAAAUUCUUCCAAAAUUAACCAAUUUCAAACAAAACAAAAUUCUAGAUUGUUCCAUCAAUUUUUAGAUUAAAUUUUUCUUUCAGUAGCAGUCUAAGCAGACCCAAACAGCAGAGAGAAAACACUGGGUUCCGCUUAUCUUUUCUCGGAGUGUGAUAAAGAUUUAUAAUUGAUUGCCAUCAUUGGGUUGUGAAGACUUCAAGGUUGUUUCACGAAGGAUAAAGAUUCUUCUCAUAAUUAGACAUAAAAUUGCUCUAUUUGAAUGAAUAAUAGACAAGAGUAGAGAAAUUAUCAUUUUAAUGCUAAUAAUAUUAGUCCAUGAGCAAAGAAGACCUUAUCUAUAAAUGAUUCCUUUAAAAUUUUCCAGCAAAUAAAGAAGUUCGAUCUGGAAAUCCAUCUAACAUAACAGGGCGGUGUGUCUCUGUAGAACUCUUAUAUGAAAGAAAUAAAAGCUGUAGAAGCAUUGUUUUUACUAUGAAAUAUUAUCAUCUCAAUGAGUUUUCAGAGACUCUCUGUUCUCUAAAACCAAAUAGAUAUACCAACUUUCUGCCUCAUGAGAUGACUUAGUCCUCUGUAAGAGAAAAAUUGGGUUUUAAUCCCCAUAACUUGACUAAAAAGACAAUAACCAAUGCAAAUCAAAAAUUUCCAACACAAAGAUAUUAAAAUCUAAAAUGGUUAUAUUUUUUGAAUCUCUCCUUGGCUUGCUUUGUUCAAAAAUUAUAUCGAACUUUGGAUAAUCAGGAUUGUCUAGACAGCGCUUUGGCUUUCAGAAUACCAGAUCCAACAAUUUUCUUCAUUAUAAGCAAGUUACUUGUCUUUUUCAAAGAAAGUUCCAGAACAUUAAAAAUCUAACUGUGCUUGACACUUCCAUAGAAUUUUUGAAAACUUAAGAUUUCAGAGUUGUUAUUCAGAGCUUUAGUGCUGAGAGUCUUUCUAGAAUUUAUAGAUAACUCAAAUCGAUGCCUCUGGGGACUUGAUGUAGAGAGCCGCUCAAGAGUCUUGCCUUAACUAAGCAGAGUUACUUAAAAAUAAAAUGGAGAGUUUUGAAAACAGAGAGGAGGAAAAAUUCAAUUUUCAUCAUUAUAUCCAUUCUAAUUUCCCUAAUCAAAGUUUUGAGUUAUGAGAAGUUGGAUAAUUAUACUUUUAAUCUGUUAUUUAGAAACAAUAGAUUAAUAUUACUCCUAAAAUUAGCAAUUAUAGUUAAAAAAAUCGGGAGAAAUUUCUAGAAUAUAUCUCCAGCCCAUUCACCGAAAUAUUGACUUUGAGAGGAUACUCUCUUAGAAUUCUUGGAAACUUAAAUUUUCUGGAAAAUCAAAUUAUUCGAUUGUAGAUCCAAUGACUUAUAAAGCCUCUGUUUAAGACUAAUGAGGCCACUCUUGCCAUGGCCCUAGUACAGAUGUGAAAUAUAUAUGAAGAUUUCUCCAAAAUUGUUGCAAAAUUCUCUUGUCAAGACUUAGCCAAACUUUGCUAAUAUUGAGGAAAGUUUGACCUUAAAAGAACCUCCACCAAGGAUAUGACCAGUUAGAUUAUAACUUUGAGGCUUAAAAGCCAUAAUAUAUCUGCACGCCACCGUCAGGACUGAAUCUGGUAGGAGAAGGAGAGCAAAAAUUAUAUUUUGUGAUGGAAAUAUUAAAAUUUUAGAUUUUGUUCUAGAACAACUUAUAUGCUUCCCUGAAUAACACUCCUUUCAUGUUUCUACCAGGGUCUGAGAGGCUAGCAUGAAGGCUUUUAAAUUAUCACUAAUGUUUGAUUAUAAUUGAGGCUAAAAGCUUCCUAUAUUAUGGCAGUUUUCAUUAAAAAAUUGAUAAAUUUGGGAAUAUGGCAAAGUUAGAAGAGAAACAAUGAAUUCUUUGAUUGAUUUAAUAAAGCCAGAGACCUUCUCACUAUUUAUGAAUGGAACUUAUAUACCUCGGUUAUUGCUAUACAUUUGGAUUAUCUAUCCAAUCAUUUGCUUUGAUUUUUGUGCCACCACAUCUUUGAAAAUAUUCGAAGAUGGCUGCCAUUAUUAUAUAAGAAAUAAAAUUUGUAUUGUAUAAUAUUAAAAAUGAAAGCUUCCAAUUUUUGCUGAAAUCCAAACCUCACGAUUUUUCAGAUGCAUGAUUACUCAAGCAUCAUUAAAGAGCUUAACUCAAUAUACUGAAUGGGUAAAAUUGAGCCAGAAGAGACAUCUCUUAGCAAUUACUGCCUUUGCUUGUCUGGGUCAAGUCCAACAAAGUUCCAAAAUGUUCUAGAAAAUAAUGCAAAAUGAACAGAAAUAGUGCAAGAGAAAGAUUGUAACACCAAGUCUACUCCACAGGCACCAGAUAACAACACUAUCCAAGCCAAAUAUCAGACGAGUUUGUCUGAAGGUGAAACAAUGACUGAAGAAAGCAAGCAAACAAGAAAUCCUCUUCCAGUAUUAAAGAAGAGAAAGAGGAAGACUUAUGAAUUAGACAUCAGGCCAAACCUAGUCAAGUUAAGAGCUCAUAUUCUUAAUAAGCAUGUUUCUGGGUUUGUUUCUCAAUCAAAGAAAGCUAAAUGCUCGAAUAAGAGACCCCUCUCAAGAAGAUCAAGGUACAUUGGAGUGUCUAGGAAUAAUGAAAACUGGCAAGCCCUUAUCAAUGUUGGUAAGGUCAAGAAGUACAUUGGUACAUUUGUGGAUGAGCUUGAAGCAGCAAAGGCAUAUGACCUGUACUCAGUAGCUAUAAGAGGCGAAGAUGCAUCACUCAACUUUGAUUAUACUGCUGAAGAGAUGCUGGAAAGGAUCGAAUACUAUCUUGGAAACAAGUCUUCCUAAUUUUCCUUAAUCUCCGCAUUUAUUUCUAAUUCUCUAAAAGACUAUU